UUUCCUGGAGGAGAGAGGAGCAGAGGGAUCCUCAGGCCCAGCCGGCUUGGGCUGGGCGAGUCUGCAGGGCAGGAGCCGCCGGCUGCGCCUAGCCGUCUCCUAGGCAACCGACACUUGGCCAGCCAGACGUCUGUCUGCGCCAGAGAGGAGAAAAGAGGGCACAGUGGCGGCGGCUGUGCCGUGGAUUUCUUUAUGCACCGCAAUUUUUUUUUUCAACGUUCCUUGAUUUUGAGAAAAGGUUGUUUCACUUCCCUGUUGUGUUUUGGCCCCUGUGUCUGGUGUAUAACCCUGGCAUCUCUUGAAUUGUAUGUGUGCAUUUUCACAGUGUUUUUUUUUUUUUUUUUUAAGAAAGCUGUGCUGUGCAUGCGGUCAAGUUUUCAUUCCUGAAUGAUCCCUGGGCGGGCCGCAUCCCACAUAAGUUUUUGUGGACAGUGGUAAGGCAGACGUAGUUAACAACUUGGCGAGGCUUCGUGCAUGUUCGUGUUUUUGUAAAACGUCCCUUCCUGUGGGGGAUGCUCUUCCGUUUGAUGUGCUCUAUUUCCUUAGUGACUGUUGCUCUGUUAUGGGAGGGACUUAAUGACAUUUUUCAAGUGCAGUAUUGAAUUAAUUUAUUUCCUGGUUAGUCCUGCUCAUCUUCCCAGUAUAAAUAGAACGUGUGUGUGUGUGUGUGUGUGUGUGUGUACAGCGGAAUGGUGACGCUGUACAGGACGGACACUUGAACGCAUGACUCAGGCUGACGCCGUGAACUUGUGAUCUGGGGCCAAGGGAGAGGUGACGGUGACGAAGUGGCUGAUUCGACAGGGCGGGGCUGCCUGGGCGUUGUGAACUCUGCGGGUGCCGCCGUGGCGGAGGACGCCCUCAUCCUGCAGUGGGGAGCAGGUCUCCGCGGGACAGCUUCUCCGCACCCCAGCUCACCAUGGCAUCUACGCUCUGGCUGGACGGCUGACGGACCGUGUGCCCUGUGUGUGCCACUAGAGCGUGCCCUGGCCAGCUACCUGCUGCUCACGAGGUGUGGGAGCGAGGCACGAGGGCAUCCGAUGCUCCCCAGAGCCGGACUGGCGGAGUGAUGGACUUGCACAGGCUAAGAUGGAAGUGACCUGAGGCCUUGGCCAGGCGGUUUCCUCACGAAGGACAGCUUAAGAAUCGGCGCACAGGCUUGUCUGGGGAGCAGUAUGCAGGAAGCUGGCUUCCAGGCCACGAAUGCUUUCACAGAGUGCAAAUUCACCUGCACCAGCGGUAAAUGCUUAUAUCUCGGUUCGCUGGUCUGUAACCAACAGAACGACUGUGGGGACAACAGUGAUGAAGAGAACUGUCUCCUGGUGACCGAGCAUCCGCCUCCAGGCAUCUUCAACUCGGAGCUGGAGUUUGCCCAAGUCAUCAUCAUUGUUGUGGUGGUCACGGUGAUGGUCGUGGUCAUCGUCUGCCUGCUGAACCACUACAAAGUCUCCACGAGAUCCUUCAUCAACCGCCCAAGCCAGAGCAGGAGGCAGGAGGACGGGCUGCAGCCGGAAGGGUGCCUGUGGCCUGCAGACAGCGCCGUGCCGCGGCCAGGGGCCUCAGAGAUCAUGUACGCCCCGCGGGCCAGGGACAGGUUCACUGCCCCAGCCUUCAUCCAGAGGGAUCGGUUCAGCCGCUUCCAGCCCACGUACCCCUACGUGCAGCACGAGAUUGACCUGCCUCCCACCAUCUCCCUGUCCGACGGUGAAGAGCCGCCUCCUUACCAAGGGCCCUGCACCCUGCAGCUCCGGGACCCUGAGCAGCAGAUGGAACUGAACCGUGAGUCAGUGCGGGCCCCUCCCAACCGAACCAUAUUUGACAGUGAUCUGAUAGACAUCUCCAUGUACAAUGGGGGCCCGUGCCCGCCGAGCAGCAACUCGGGCAUCAGCGCAACCAACUGCAGCAGUAACGGGCGGAUGGAAGGGCCCCCUCCGACCUACAGCGAGGUGAUGGGCCGUUACCCAGGCGCCUCUUUCUUCCAUCACCAGCACAGCAACCACACACACAGGGCGAGCAGACUGCACUCGGCUCAGAACAAUUCAGAGAGCACAAUUGUACCCGUCAAAGGCAAGGACCGCAAGCCCGGGAACCUGGUUUGAUUUUUUUCCAGCGUGCACUUCCUUCCAGCCUGCACUUGCACUGAGGACAAAGAAAGCAAGGAAAGGACGGGGCUGCUCCGGGCCCUUCCCAUGCGCAGUGUUGUUCAGUUUUCCGUGGUACAACUAAGUAAAAGCAAAUGUGCAAACAUGGUCUUUGUUUCUGAUUCCUUUCAGGGGAAUUGCAUGUAAAUGCAACUGAAAUAAUAGUUCCAUCCGGUCUGACAGCGAACAGUGUUUAUUGGGGGGGGGGGCGAGGGGGCAGGGGAUUGGGAUGGGUAUAAUUUUUGGCAAAGGGUGAGCGGGAGAAAAGAGAGAGAGAAAGCAAGUGCUGUGAAGAUACCACGAAGUCGAAGCCAAGGAGAUAUUUGAUGGAUUGCAUCUGGAAAGGGGAUUGCAGAGUCCAGAACGGGUUGUUUCUUAAUUCGUGGACAAGAGGCGAGCAUUACUAUACCCUUUUCGGGAGAAAGAAUCAGCCGGUCUGCUUUUUUUUUUUUUUUUUCCCUCCAGGGAGUGGAACUUCCAUUUUGUUUUAUGAAUGUGAGUGAAAAUUUCUAUUUCAUGUGCCAAGGUCCCAAGUGGAGGCAUCAGACGGACGAAAGUUGCUCAUCUGUGUCGUGAUGCUGUGUCUCAAAAGUCGCACUUAUCCGGGGGUCUAUCCUUGAGGAAAACAUCGCACGUGGAGCUUGGCAUGUUGUCAUCGCACGUGUGGAUGGGAGGAUCCCAGAAUGUUCCCCAGAAUCGUGCAAGAGGAAAGGGAUUUGGGGAUACAGCCUAGGGUUUACCAUCUUGCAGAAACAUAGGAAAGUCCCUUUUGCUCUAAGAAUUAGCAUCAAGCAGCGGCAUGUCACUGAGACACCUGAAACCCUUUAGAUGAAACACCAAGUCUAAAGCAUGUCAGGUUUGCGAUUUGAGCUACUGUGCCCAUUUUCAGCCACAUAUAUUAUUCAAAAGGAAAUGCCACAAAUGUCCGUAUGUCCGGUAACCGGGCACGCUGGCCUCUCCGUCCAGUAGUGCAGUUUGAGAUUUUCUUUUCACUGCAGCAUGAAAGACAAUUCCGAUCCAUACUUGAUUUUCUGCAAUAAAUUGUGGAAAGGGCAAGGUGUAUAUUUCUGAGUACUGUUGAAAAAUGUGACUUCCUCUCCUUGCCCCCGCCCCCACUCCGCUGCUUUCCUGGAGAGCUCAGAUGUGGAUGUGGCUCCACAGGAAUCUCCUGUUCCCUUGCCCCACGCACAGCCCUCCCAUGGGAGCCACGCCACAGGCUGCUGAUGCGGAGGGAGCUGCUGAGACGCAUCAGGCCAGGGCGUCUGGC